AUGUCCUCCGACCAACCCCGAGUCGUCGAGAGCAGACCAUCGGCCCUCACGUCCAACCCGGUACACGAAGCCGAGGACGAAAAGGAUCAUGGCACUGUCGAACGGCCACUGGAGGGCGACCAAAUUCGAGGAAACCAUGCCGUGGGCGACUGUGGCGUUGAUGUCAUUCUCACCAAGGCAGUCAACAACUUCAAGUCUGAGAUGGAGAAGGCGAAAGAGACGAGCACCAAAGCCGAGAUCUCCACGCAUGUCAUCAUCAACAGUUCAGGUGCUGGGCAGUCAGAUAUGAGGGACGACAACGCAGAAGUGGCGAGGGUUGUGAAAGGAGGCCCCCUGCUCGCAGUCUAUACGUUGGCAGAUACAGGCGAGUUGGACUACAACUCAGCCGUCACUUUUGCCGAAGUCUCGUCACUCGGAGAUGAGGCUACAUCAAUCGACUCAAGGACAUUUUCCAAAGUAAAGGAAUCUACUUUUUGGGCCGAUGCCGUUCUCACAAGAGGCGAUGCUUUGGCGGCGGAAGCAAUGAACAGACAUCGGGAGUUUGAUAUUCCUAUUUUUGUCUGCACAUUGUCGUUUCCAAUGAUGCCGACCUUUCUCCAUGUCUUUGAGCCGCGCUAUCGCCUGAUGAUACGCCGAGCUUUGGAGGGCGACCGAACUUUCGGCAUGGUGCUACCUCAACGACCCCGGACAGCUAACGACACACACUUUGUACAAUACGGAACCCUCUUACGCAUUGUGAACGCCGAGUACUUUGCAGACGGCAGGAGCCUGAUCGAGACAUCUGGCAUAUCACGCUUUAGAAUAACCAGACAUGGCAUUUUGGAUGGAUAUUUGGUGGGGAAAAUUGAACGGAUUGACGACAUAUCGAUCGCGGAGGAAGAAGAUCUAGAGGCAACCGAGACACAACAAGCCCUAGAAAGAUACGAAAGCGCAGCUACACACCAGAGCGAAGACUCGAGUUUGCCGAGACCACUCACGACUACCCCCGAGGAUCUCUCAACAAUGCCAACUAGCGACCUUCUGUCCUUGGGUGUUUCCUUUGUGCAGAGAAUGAGGCAACAAAGCGUGCCGUGGCUGGCACAACGAAUGCUGGCUAUUUAUGGGGAAUGCCCCAACGAUCCGGCACUCUUUCCUUGGUGGUUUGCCAGCAUCCUGCCAGCCAAGGAAUACGAGAAGUACAAACUUUUGGAAACACGAAGCGUCAGAGAGCGACUCAAAAUCUGCUGCGGCUGGAUUUUGGAAUGGGAGUCAAGCAGGUGGUGA